AUGCCGUCGCUAACGUCUUAUACCUCGUUUGAGACACUCAAGCUCUGCCAAUCGAUCGCCCAAUAUGGCACUGAUGCGGCAGCUUUCAACGACAUUGCUGCUGCGCUCAACGCCAAUGACUUGAUCCGUGAAAGCGAGUCUUACGAUGGUACGCGAUUGACCGCGGCAGCACUACAAAACCUAUACGAUGAAUUGAUUCGUCAAGAGAGCGGAGGCUCCCCGAAAAUCAACGGUGAUGCAAGCUUGUCGAAUUCACGCAAGCGGAAGCUGUCCGCAUCACCUCGCCCUGAUGGAGAGAGCCAGGAAGAGAUGAUCCAUUUACUUGUAGAAAAGCUCUAUGCUCGAUUUCGCGAAGAAGCCGUCAAAGAGAUCAAGCGCGAUGAAGACGAAUAUUUGCAGUUGCAAGAAGAAAUACAAGAGCUGGAAAAGCAGUCUCAGCUGGAUGCGACCGAAAACAAUCUUGCACAGGCGCAAAAGCCAUCUGAACCUGAUGCUGUCACCCAGCCGACGCCGGUACAAGGUGCAGCACCACGAGUGCAAGAUGGACCGGUACAUGGGCAGCCGUCGGUGCAGCAGCAUCCGCAUCCGGCGCAGACGCAGCAUUCCCAAGCAGAGGGCCACGCGCCGCCACAAACCGCUCCCAGUACCCAACAGCAACAUCACUCUCCAGGACCCUACAACCGAGCCAUUCCCCCCCCCUCGUCUCGUCAGCCAUACCCACCACCACCAGUUCCACACCAACAUGGCUACGGCCAGGCCUCGCAAGGACACCCUCAGAUGAUGGCAUACAGUCCUGGCGUGCAUCAGAUGCCGCCUCCAACGGAGUAUGGAAGUCGCAAAGGAUCAUCAUCAGCUUCUACGCCCGCUCGAGGCUCUCCUGCCCCAGGCCAUCAGCAGCAAUAUCCGCCAUAUCAGCAGCCAUAUCAUCAGCCGCCUCCGCAAUGGCAGCAUCCGUAUCCUCCAUCGAAUGCAUACACUGCCCACAUGCAGUACCCUAAUCAACCGUACUAUGUGCAGUCUCCAGGGGGCAGGCAACAUCCACAUUUUCAGACUCCCCAUCCAACAUCUUACCAGGCGUAUCCGCAAACAGCGCCCGUAUCAUAUCAUCAACCACCACAUGGGUGGCAACCAUCACCGGGGCAUUCGCCGUAUCCCCAACCACAUUCUGCUGCCACCACACCCGUUCCUAAUAUGCAGAGGAGAAACAUUGUCCGCAUGCCAGGAUCCUCGACACCGUGGAAACGGAGGCCUCUCCCUCCCAAUACAAUGCGACCACCAAGCCCCACACGCCCCGAGCGCAGCGUUAGCCCUGUUAGUGAGUCCGAGGGUGUGGUAUUCACACCGGCAGCAUCAACCCAUUCAGCACACACUCCUCUCAAAGAUUCUGUACCGAAACGCGAACAGAUCGGUGCCCGUCGGGGCCGCCCGCCCAGCGUCGCUGCUUCUCGGCGAUCCCAAUCUGUUGCCUCGCCGGCUUCGGAGACCCCUGUCAUCGACAAAACCGAUUCUCGAAAGCCUGCCACCAUCAAGACCGAAGCUCCUAGCACCCCCUUACCGGAACCUACUCCAUCUGACUCUGUCAUGGCAAAUGCUGACGCCCGGUCCUCCGGUGGCCGUCGUGGUCGUGGUCGUAACAAUACUGUUACCUCGCGCCCUGACACAUCCAACCCUCUCAAUGUCGCUGGCACAAACAAACGCAAACGCUCGUCCCCUUCUCAAGGUUCUCCAAUGCCUUCGACGUCCCGCGUUACAGGGCACCACAACCAUUUCUACCCAAGCCAUCCACACCUUGUCCUGGUCAGCAAGAACUUCACUAAGACUACUCAAAUCAUGCUCAAUGAUAUCAUUUCACACAAACUUGCAGGCGUAUUCGCCAAGCCGCUCUCGGAGCGAGACGCGCCUGGGUACAAAGACCUUGUGCUGCGGCCGCAGGAUUUGAAGGGAAUCAAAACAGCAGUGGGCCGCGGUGGGCGCGCCGCAGUAGCUGCCAUUGAAGUCCUGGAGGCUGAGCACGGAGAAGGACUUGAGUCCGCCAUCGUCACGGAAACUGGCGAGGAGAAGGAGGGAAUGGUGGGAAGCGGUGUGUUCUUGGUCAGAAAGACCGAAGACUUAGUCCCACCGAAAGGCAUCGUCAACGCCGCGCAGCUCGAGACAGAGCUGAUUCGGGUAUUUGCCAACGCGAUCAUGUUCAACCCCUUGCCUGCGUCGGAGCGGGGAUUUGGUCGAAAUUUGCGGCUGCGAAAGCGGGGCGGCGAUGUCGUCUCGAAGGAACGCGAUAGUGAGGAAAGGGCGGCGGCAUCCGUAGAGAACGAGGAUGCAGAACCCACAAGCAGUGAUGAGGACGAGAGCGAAAGUGAGAGUGAGGUGGACACGGGCAUCAUAACCGACGCGAGGGAGAUGUUCGAGGAUGUAUAUGGGCAGGUGCAGCGGUGGAGAGAAGUAGAGCGUGACAGUCGCCGGGGCGAUACCUCUACUAUGGGUGGGGUAAGUGAGGGUGAUACGAGUGGCAAGGCGAGACAGGGCAGUGUGGUGAGUGCACUGGCAGAGGAAGUGAGUGCAAGUACUCCUACCACCUCCGUGAAGGAGGGUCUGGGCGCAGAGGAGGGUAGGGGCACGUUGAGAAAGCGUAGGAAGAUUGCCGAAUAG